AUGGCUCGUGAAAUUACUGAUAUUAAAAAAUUUGUUGAAUUAAGCAGAAGAGCUGAUGUCAAAUCAGCUUCAAUCAAAUCAAACCAAAAAGUUGCUGCUAACGGUAAAGUCUACAAAGAAACUAAAUUCAAAAUCAGAGGUACCAAAAACUUAUACACUUUAGUUGUUGCUGAUGCUGAAAAAGCUAAAAAAUUAGUUCAAACCUUACCAUCAACUUUAGAAAUUACUGAAUUAUAA